AUGUUCAAAAAUUUUAAGCAUUUCAAAUUUCAAAUAACAAAAAAUCUAAAUGCACGUUACAAACCUUUAUCAUAUUCAGAUGAGGAAACGAUCAGUAACUUUGGCUCAAUGAAAAGAACGAGCCCACUAAAAUCAAUCAUAAAACUAUUAGAGCGUUGUGAUCCUGAUACACGUCAAUAUAUAUAUGAUUUUAUGGGAUUUUUUAUAAAUGAUGAUAGUAGUAAAUCAGAAGAAGAUCCACACAAAACGAUUGAAAUGUUGGAAAACAAGUUAGUCAAAAUGAAUGAUCGCAUUUUAUCUCUUAAAAAAAAAUUACAUGUUGAAAUGGAUAUCAAUCAGGGAUUGGUAGAAGAAAACGAUGAAUUAAUGGAAGAAAACGAAAAAUUAAAAAAACAAAUAUUAGUAUGUAAAAUAUGUUUAGAUGAACCAGUGACACAUUGCACUCUGCCAUGUCGCCACUUGGUGUCAUGUGAGACUUGUGUUGAUAAGUGGUAG